UGGAAGUUGCGCAGGCGCAGAGGGGCCGGCAGCAUGGCGUCCAGGCCCAAGCGGCGUGCCGUGGGCAGCGGGUCUCCGGUUCCGCGCGAUGAGGACGAGGAUGAUGAACUCGAGGAUGAGGACGAAGACAGCGAAGACAGUGACGAAGAGGAGGAUGAAGACGACGAGGUCGUCAGUGAGGAAGUGAAUAUUGAAUUCGAAGCUUAUUCUAUCUCAGAUCACGAUUACGACGGAGUUAAGAAAUUACUGCAGCAGCUUUUCCUAAAAGCUCCUGUGAACACUGCAGAACUAACAGAUCUCUUAAUUCAACAGAACCAUAUCGGGAGUGUGAUUAAGCAAACGGAUGUUUCAGAAGACAGCGAUGAUGAUGUGGAUGAAGAUGGGAUUUUUGGUUUCAUAAGUCUUUUAAAUUUAACUGAAAGAAAGGGUACCCCAUGUGCUGAACAAAUUAAAGAGUUCAUUUUACGCCUCUGCGAGAAGAACUGUGAAAAGAGUGUGGUUGAACAGCUGGACAAGCUUUUCAGUGAUGCCACCAGGCCUGUGGGCUUUCUGCUGAGUGAAAGAUUCAUUAAUGUUCCUCCACAGAUUGCGCUGCCCAUGCACCAGCAGCUUCAGAAAGAACUAGCGGAGGCGCACAAAACUAACAAGCCGUGCGGGAAGUGUUCCUUCUACCUUCUCAUUAGCAAGACGUUCGUGGAAGCGGGAAAAAGUUCCAAAAAGAAAUGGAGCCACCAAAAGAAAGAUGAGUUAAUGUUUGCAAAUGCAGAAGAAGAAUUUUUCUAUGAGAAGGCAGUCCUGAAGUUCAACUACUCAGUGCAGGAGGAGAGCGACACGUGUCUGGGAGGCCGAUGGUCCUUUGAUGAUGUACCAAUGAAGCCCCUGCGAACUGUGAUGUUAAUUCCAAGCGACAAAAUGAAUGAAAUCAUGGAUAAACUGAAAGAACAUCUAUCUGUCUAACCCAUUUCCCAUGGACAGUGGUGGGCUUGUUUUUGUAAAAAUUACCAGAAGACUCAGUGGAGAUUUACUGAAAAACUCAUGACUUUAUUCAGAUUAAGGUCCUCUACAAAAAGUAGGGUUCUGUCACCCGUGUCUGUGACACAUUUACAAAAUAUCUUUGCUUUUUAAAAUUUUGGUCAAAUUAAGAAUGGUUGAUUAAAAACUUUUCCAAUAAGAAGAAAAACAUGGAGUAGUAAUUUAAAGAACUCAAUAAAAACUUCUA